AUGUCCACAUCCUCCCCGCCCCAGCCCUCCAGCCCCAUCCUCCUCCCAACCACUCCUGGCGGCUUAACGACAGAACAUCUCUCUCCCUUCAUCACCACAUCCUCAUCGCCAUCUACCCCGGUACCAACAACAACACCCGCAGGUGCAUCCGCAGCGCCAACAACACCGCCCUUCAAGUUCCCUGCAACCUACUCUUUCCCGCCUUUCUUCACCCUCCAACCAAACACCACAACCCGCCUGUCUCAGUUCCAAAAAUGGUCGGCGUUAAUCCAGGCCUGGUGCCGUCAUCAUCGCCUCUAUCGCCUCUCACUCAUAGAUGCCAUUGACUCUCCACUCUUCCAUAAUGCGGAUAUACAUAAGCGACUUAGUCUGGCAGAUGCAAGGACUGUUGUUGAUUGGAUGGUUCGUGGAGAAGGAGGUGGUCGAAGGGCCGAAUGGGUUGGUGGAGAGUCUGGGGGAAAGGCGGUGGCAUGGAUAUGGUGGAGGACACCUGAGGAGUGGGCCAGUGUUUUGGCCGAUUGGGUGGAAGAAACUGCCCAGAAAAAUACUGUCCUUACGCUUUAUGAGCUGAUGGAAGGGGAGGCCACAGUUUCGCAAGAAUUCCAUGGCAUGGAUCCCGACGUUCUGUCAAAGUCGCUUAAUGUUCUAGUCAAGAGAGGUAAAGCGCAAGUAUUUGGCAACGAAGAUUCACAGGGCGUUAAAUUCUUCUGA